GAACAUCACUGAACCAAAGUCCAUUGCCAAAGCUCAUUGACAACAUACUAAACCACUUCGACAAAUCUUAGAAACACUCUCAAGCCUAACUACCCUUUGUCACUCAUCGUUCAACCUCCACCAAAAAAAAAACUCCAAGAACCACUCGUUCAACACCUUAGCCAUGCGUCUAAACUACAGCGCCAAAUACGAAAACGGCAAAGUUACAACCUACACAUCCAAGAACGCUGGAGCCAUCAGCAAUGCAGUCGGAGAUAAACUCAUUGCCAAUAUGAACAUAUGGUCUGGCGGUAAAUACACCGCUGCUAGGAGUAUAGUAAAAAAUCUGAUCACGGUCAAAAACGUAGUUCCGGCGGCGACCAAGGGGAUAGGAAGUGAUGAAGUUAACGAAAUGCAGAGAAUUGUCAAUAAUAAUAUCAACUAGAGGGACUGAGUGGUGACUUCCUAAAAUUAUAGGUAGUCAUUUGAUGGAAUUUACUAAUGAAUCCAUUUGAGAUCUCGCCUGCACAGCAAUAUUCUCACGGGUAUUUUGAGCGCA